GCUCUACAGGCCCACCAGCUCUCCGGCUCUCCAAACCCGGCCCGAACUGCAGGCUUUCAACCCGGCAUCACCGGCCCCAGAGCCGGACACUCGCCGGCCUCCAGCCCGACCGGCCUCUCCCUCCAACAGACCGUUUUUGGUGCAGUAAGCAGGGCUCCUACUGGGGAUAG